CAUUGCUCUGGAGCUGCCUCUGAGCACCGGACAAGAAGGGGUUAUCGGGGCUCGCCCUGGAGUACAGUUCUCAGAGUUACCAGGAGGCAGAGGAGGAAAAUGAUGUUUUUACAAGCAAACUCCCCUGUGGGCUCUUUGCAGGCUAUCCUCACCUGUCCCCAGAGCCUCUUGAUCAGGAGAUGGCCACCUGCCAGCUCCUCACAUCCUGACCCACUUUUCCUGAGAACUGAGCAAGGCAGAGUUUCACAAACAAGAGGAAAUCCCUAAACAGCAUGCAGCCCAGAGAGUGGAAAGAUUUUCUUGGGGUUUGUUUUUUUUUUUUUGUGGUGGGGGGGGUGGGUUUGUUUGGGUUUUUUUUCCAACUUCCCCAUUAAUGUAUUUGACAGCUCACUGUCCCUGUCAGCGCUGGAUCCCAGAGGAAACCGGAGCUGGGAGGGCUCCUUCUGCCUGGGGGAGGCUUCCAAGGAGCACAAGGGAUUUACCAAUCGCCACCUUUCACUCCCCAUCCCCUGUUGUGUCCCACCAAAGGCCAUGUGCAGUGGCAAGCUGCAGACGGGCUUGCUGGUGGCCGGCUACUUUGUCUACCUGCUUGUGGGUGCUGCUGUGUUCCAGGUGCUGGAGAGAACCGCCGAGAAGCAGGAGAAAAUGGCUGCUGCCCAGAUGAAAGAGGCUUUUCUGCAGAACUUCACUCACCUCACGGUGGCGGAGAUGGAGCAGUUUAUGAAGAACCUGACUGAAGCCAUUCAGAAUGGAGUAUACCCUGUUGGAAAUGAAUCACAGAUUGAAGACAGCAAUUGGGAUUUCAGUAACUCCUUCUUCUUUGCAGGCACGGUUGUCUCCACAAUAGGCUAUGGCACACUACGUCCUAAAACUGCUGGGGGCCAGAUCUUCUGUGUCUUCUUUGCUCUAUUUGGAAUCCCUCUGAAUAUUGUUUUUCUGCACCGUGUCGGUAAGAUGCUCUCACUGCUGUGUAAAAAGCUGGGGAAAUUUCUUCAUGAAAAAGGAAUGAGAAAGAAGAAGAUCAAAUUUCUGACCCUUUUGUUCUUCCUGGCAACGGGGAUCCUAGUUUUUCUGUGCUUGCCAUCAGUCUUCUUCCAGAUAACGGAGGGCUGGUCCUACAGUGAAGGAAUUUACUUUGCAUUUAUCACCCUCAGCACCAUUGGCUUUGGAGACUAUGUAGUAGGUAAACAGCCUGGUAGGAAUUAUUUUUCCUACUACCGAACACUGGUGGCCAUUUGGAUUCUUUUUGGUCUUGCCUGGAUUGCUCUCCUAUUUAAUUUAUUGACAACAGUACUUGAAGAUACUGAAAAAAUAAUUGUCAAGGAUCUCUAUCAAAUUGGAAAGGUGAGUAAGGACAAUGAAGCAAGCCAACAAACAAGAUGCUGGCCUGCUCAACUUAUUCCAGAAGAAGAACUACAACCACCAUGUGCUGAAGGGGAUGCACAGAAAAUUGAGUCCUUACCAGCAGAUUCUGAACACACAAAAAAUGAAAAAAACACUUUUUCUUAUAGCAAAACUAUUGCCAUAACAUGUGAGGAUUGAAUUCGUCACUGGAGAGUCACUAGUGAAUUAUUCUAAAGAAAUUCUCAUGGAAAUAAAAUUCCUCCUACCUUUUUUUCUGAGAUACAGCCUUUCUGAACUCAAGACUUGUAGUUACACAAAGCCCAAAUAUUAAUGGUAAGGAAUUCGUUCCUUAAUUUGUGCUAACAACCUGAGACGUGCACUUGUUUUGCAAAGCUUUUUUAAGGUGCUUCCACAAAAAUGCAGAGGAGGGUUAUGGUAGGGCUUCCUGGUUCUCUUUGGAUUUUGUUGCUUGCAAGAAAUCAUGUUUCUUCCAGGAACUGAUAUGCACGAGCUUUUCUGAGGCAUUGCGUAGCACCUGUGGAAGAAGAAAUAAGGCCAUACAACUUAAUAGAUGCCUGAUUUGAGCCAUCAUCUUGGAUAAGCUAUUAUGAUCUGAAAGACAUGUUUAAAGGACAAGACCUGGGCUCAGGUCAGAGACACUAAAGGCAUCUAAUGGACAAGGUUAGAAAAAGGUUAGCGUGUUAGAAAUUACUAAUUCUACCUCUUCCUGUUUUAUGCUAAGAUGAAUAAAUGCCUCUUAUCCCUGUGGCUUUGAAAAACCUUUCUGUUAUAAAGAACAUGUAAACCCAUGUUUUUAAUUAAAAUUUUAUAAUAAUUUUAUUCUAUAAGCAUUUUAUAAGAACAGAGACUGGUUUGAACGGAGGAGUCCUCACUGUAUCGGAGCCUUGCUGCUAUGUUUAUAUUCCAUAGGAGC